AUGGCAUCGCUAACAACAACAAACCAGUGCGCAGAUGGUGACCCUUGUGCAACUGAACCACUGACACCUGAGAUGUGCAAGCUACUGGAACAGUUUAAAAAUGGUGGAAAUUUUACAGACUGGCAAUGGGUACGAGAUUACCAUGUAAAACCAUCCACGUUGAAACUAUUCAGUAGGUUACGUGGCACUUCAACGCUCAAGGAAUUCCUGGUAUACGGUGAGAUUGAUGCUUGCAAGGAAAAACUAGUCGAACUCAUCGUAGAAAUGUCACAACGAUCUAAGUGGGAUGAUACUUAUGUGGAACAUCAGAUUGUAAAACCAGCUGUCAAUGGGACGGAUGUAUUAUUCAGCGUAUCAAAGUAUCCGUUCCCAUUGGCGAAGAGAACCUAUGUUGUUAAACGGACAAUAUAUGGAUCAGUUGAUGACAUCAUUGUUCUACUAUCUAAGGUAAUACCUUACAACUACAACUCGAAAUAUAAAUGGAGUACAAAGGUAGAUGAAUUCGAGUCUAUACUUAUGGUACGUAACACCAAGGAGGGGCAAGAGGCAUGUGAGAUGCUGGCGACAUAUUAUGAAAAUCCAAGGGUUAUACUACCAAAUAUGUACCUUAAUAGCAUCAUCGAAAAUUUGGUGCCACGCAUCUUAGAAAAGAUGAUUAUCGCAUGUAAAAAAUACGGUAGCGAUAAAUCAACAGACUACUGUCGUGGGCUAUAUUGCGUACCACUCCCCGAUACCGAAACCGCGGAAUCGGACAACAUAACUUCAAAAGAAGAAACAAAUGAUAUGCCAAUGCCAACGGACGGGGCAUGA